CUUGGACCCAGAGAGACACGCAGAGCCUAUGAGCUCCUAUAGGCACAUACAGCGCUCCAUGACCAGGUGACCCUUCCUGCCCAGGGCAAUGGAGCAAAAUGGCUCCUCUCGUGUGGAUUCUGAGUUUCGAUACACCCUCUUUCCGAUUGUUUACAGUGUCAUCUUUAUACUGGGGGUGGUUGCCAAUGGCUAUGUGCUAUGGGUCUUUGCCAACUUGUACCCUUCUAAGAAACUAAAUGAGAUAAAGAUCUUCAUGGUGAAUCUCACCAUGGCGGACCUGCUCUUCUUGAUCACCCUCCCGCUGUGGAUUGUCUACUACUACAACGAGGGCAACUGGAUUCUUCCCAAAUUCCUGUGCAACCUGGCUGGCUGCCUCUUCUUCAUCAAUACCUACUGCAGUGUGGCCUUUCUGGGUGUCAUCACUUACAACCGCUACCAGGCAGUAGCCUAUCCCAUCAAGACUGCUCAGGCCACCACCCGCAAGCGUGGCAUCUCUUUGUCCCUGGUCAUUUGGAUAUCCAUCGUGGCUACUGCAUCCUACUUCUUGGCCACAGACUCCACCAACCAAGUGCCCAAUAAGGAUGGCUCAGGCAACAUCACCCGCUGCUUUGAGCAUUAUGAGCCAUACAGUGUGGCCAUCCUUGUUGUUCACGUCUUCAUCGCCUUCUGCUUCUUCCUCGUCUUCUUUCUUAUCUUGUACUGCAACCUGGUUAUCAUCCACACAUUGCUCACGCAGCCCCUGCGGCAGCAGCAGCAGCGCAAAGCGGAAGUGAAGCGCCGGGCGCUAUGGAUGGUCUGCACGGUCUUGGCGGUAUUUGUCAUCUGCUUUGUGCCCCAUCACAUGGUCCAGCUGCCCUGGACCCUAGCAGAGUUGGGCUACCAGACCAACUUCCAUCAGGCUAUUAAUGACGCCCAUCAAAUCACCCUCUGCCUCCUCAGCACCAACUGUGUCUUAGAUCCUGUUAUCUACUGCUUUCUUACCAAGAAGUUUCGAAAGCACCUCAGCGAAAAGUUUUACAACAUGCGCAGUAGCCGGAAGUGCUCCAGAGCCACUAGUGACACGUGCACCGAGGUGAUAGUGCCAGCCAACCAGACUCCUGUCGUGUCACGGAAAAAUUAAUCUCUGCUAUUUAAAGCCAGACUCAGAGCCUUCUCUUUUAUGGACCUCACAGACAGAGCUGAGAGGAAAGAGGUUUCUGCCUGUGGCCAACCCCUCCUUGGACCCUGGUGGACUCAAGUACGGCAGUUACUUCCUUGCAGAGAGCAGGUUGCUGGAAAAUACAGAACUUAAAUGUUCCUUUUCAUCCAUCUUUGGGUUGGCACUAGAGGUUUGUGGUUGAUGGACUCACCCAGAGCUUCAGAUUGUGACAUCCCAGCCGGGGCCAGACCUUGGGAAAGACGCUGAACAGCCCAGUUCAUCCAACUGGGGCAGCAACUUAAGGUUUGGGCAGUGACUUCUGGGGGCUACAGGAAGAGGGGAGAGGGGUUGUGGAGACUCUUCAUUGCGUGGAAGAUCUUUGGGGAAACAAUCACGUUUAGGAUGGUGCCCUCCUUUGUCCGUCUACAGGUACAUGGUCCUUGUGACCCUUCCUAGAGGAAGUGGUUUGGUAGUAUCUCCUGACUGACCCCAGAAACUAGGACGGGAGGGUGUUUCUUGAGGCAGCUGAGUUUGGCCCAGGGCUGAGUGAGUGCUGAGGGGAAUGGAAGAGAGGUGGCUACAUCAGGACACUGCACCCUUCACUUCAGGUAGACAGUGUCUUUUGAGGUGAUUUUUGGCAAGUGUCUUAGUCCCAGCUCACAUACUGUGCCCAGCCUCCCUGUCAGAAACAACUCAAGGAGGGAGAGAGUUAUUUUGGCUCACAGUUGAGAAGACUACAGUCCCUUGAGGCAAGGCAGGCACAGCAGGGCAGCUCAGACUCUGGUGGUGGGAACAGAGACGGAGGCUGUUUAUGUGGCAGUGAGCCAAGAACCAAGAUUGCACCUUAACCCGGGGAUGGGAUACAACCCACCCCCAGCCAACUACAGCCAGGUCCUACCUCCUAAAGGUUACACAGUCUCCCAGUAGAGGGAGCACGGCCCUGGGCCAGUGAGUUGGUAGUGCAAUGUGGAGCAGCUAACACUGCUGCAGAGUUUAUCCCAGAAGCCACAUGAUACAAAGAGAGAACAGACUUCUGAAAGUCAUUCUUGGACCUUUAUUUUCAUACUGUGGCGCACAUGUGCCCCGCCCCCCCAUAUACAUAUAAAUAAAUAAAGGUACAGGAUUAAUAGAAUAAAGCAAAACCAGAUAUGACCCCAUGGGAAUAUACACGAAACAGCAGCAGGUGUAUUUUGAAUAUUUCAUUUAAGUGCGAUCCCCUCUGGCCCUCUGAGGAGUAUCCAGAAGCCUCAGACUCAGAACUCUGAGGACCUUUUCCUGUUUUCCUGAAUGUUGUGCUUCU